AAUCGCGGAAGUGCAGCUACUGAAUGUGUUGUAUUGGUUUUGAGCAUACGCAGUGCUGUUAAUAGAUUUUGGUUGUGUUUUCCCUGUGUCCGGACGACAUUCUAAGGACAAGAAAAAAGAUUAAAAGCUUUAGACCGGAAAAUGGAGGACGACGCUCCUGUUAUUUAUGGUCUCGAAUUUCAGGCACGAGCACUCACUGCCCAGACAGCUGAAACUGAUGCCAUUCGUUUCCUUGUGGGAACACAGUCACUGAAAUUUGAUAACCAGAUCCACAUCAUUGACUUUGAUGACGAGAAUAACAUCAUUAAUAAGAACGUCCUCCUGCACCGAGCUGGGGAGAUAUGGCACAUUGGCGCCAGUCCUGCAGAUAAAGCUGUGCUCACCACCUGCUACAACAAAACCAGUGACAGCAGAGUGGUGUCCUGUGCGGCAGUGUGGCGGAUGCCCUCUGAUUGGGAGACAGGAAGCAAUGAGUCACCUGACGACUCCGCCCACAACCCCCAAACCCUGGAGCUGCUCUGUCACCUAGACGACAGCGCCCACAGCAACGCUGCCUGCGUGCUGUGGGAGCCUAUGGGUGAUGGCAAGCGUGUGAUUUCAUUGGCUGAUAACCAUGCACUGCUCUGGGACCUGCAGGAGAGCUCCACACAGGCCGCGGUCUCCAGCAGCGCCACCCUGGAGGGCAAAGGUCAGCUGAAGUUUACCUCGGGCAAGUGGAGCCCCCACCACAACUGCAGCCAGCUGGCCACAGCGAACGACACGGCCAUACGGGGCUGGGACCUCCGCACCAUGAGUCAGAUCUACUGCAUAGAGAAUGCCCACGGCCAGCUGGUGCGUGACCUGGACUUCAACCCCAACCGCCAGUACUACCUGGCCAGCUGCGGAGACGACUGCAAGGUCAAGUUCUGGGACGUCCGUAACGUCCAGGAGCCCGUCAAGACCCUGGAGGAGCACUCGCACUGGGUGUGGAGCGUCCGUUACAACCACAGCCAUGACCAGCUGGUGCUGACGGCCAGCAGUGACAGCCGCCUCAUCCUCUCCAACAUGGUGUCCAUCUCCUCUGAGCCAUUCGGGCACUUGGUGGACGACGAGGAGCUCAGCGAGGGGGAGGAAAACCCCCACGAGGACAAAGGAAAGGAGCCCCUACAGGACAGCGUGGUGUCCACCUUUGAGGAACACGAGGACAGCGUGUACGCGGCCGAGUGGUCGUCUGCUGACCCCUGGCUCUUUGCCUCGCUCAGCUACGACGGGCGCCUCGUCAUCAACAGGGUCCCCCGCGCCCUCAAGUACCGCAUCCUGCUCUGAGAGGCUGGGGAAUGUGUGUGUGUGUGUGUGUGCGUGCGUGUGCGUGCGUGUGUGGAUGUUUGAUUGUGUGUGCAGAAAGCAAGUGAGGAAGUAACCAAGAUGUAAAGAUCCUUUGCAACAAGUAGACAUUCCUUUGUGCGAGAUCCUGCAGUGUGUGAGGUCACACACUGACCACUGGAAACAAUAAAAGGCUUUUGUUGCUGUACCACGUGCUGGAAGAACACAUGCAUGAUGAAUCUAACCUUGUGCAUUAAUAUGUUCUUUCCUGACCAUGUUUUUUCUGAAUCCUCUUUGUUUUCAUGUUAAGUUGGUCUUUUACAUGCAUUGAAAUACUAAAGCCAUUGUAAAAUUCCAGCACAACACAAUGUUUAACUAAAUAAAUGUUAUUAUAAUAUAA